GAAGGAGGCGCACGAGAUGCUCGAGAGCCUGUUCGGUCCAGCCCCGCCUCGCAACGCCACCUGAUCCACCCGCCCCAUCUGUCAGUUAUACCGGGACUUAGGUGGUGGUUUUCACCGGAAAGAUAGCUAUGCCGGAGGUACGGAAAUUUACCAAAAGGUUGAGUAUACCUGGAACGGCGGCGGAACUCAGUGUCUCGGAGGCUGUGAGGACAUCGGUGAUUGUGGAGCAGCCUAAGGUAAUUGAGCCUUUGGACUAUGAGAAUGUGGUGUUCCAGAGGAAAGCCCAAAUCCACAGUGACCCUCAGCGAGACCUCCUGCUGUGUCCUGUCGACGACUUCUCGGAGUCUCAGAUCUCUCGUCAGAGGAGGACCGUGGUUCCCUCAGUGCCCCAGAAUGCAGAAAGGGACGCCAAGAGGCUGUUUGCCAAAGAGUGCAUCAAGACGUACAACAUGGACUGGCACGUCAUAAACUACAAAUAUGAAGCCUACUCUGGUGAUUUCCGCAUGCUCCCAAGUAAAGGCCUGAAGACAGACAAGCUUCCAGCUCACGUGUUUGAGAUCGAUGAAGACGCUAAAGAUGAGGACUCGUCCUCUCUGUGCUCUCAGAGAGGGGGUAUCAUGAAGCAGGGCUGGCUGCAGAAAGCCAACAUCAACAGCAGCCUGUCUGUCUCCUUGAGGGUGUUUAAGAGGAGGUAUUUCUACCUGUCCCAGCUGCCGGACGGCUCCUACAUCCUCAACUCCUACAAGGAUGAGAAGAAGUGCAAGGACAACAAAGGGUCCAUCUACUUGGACUCCUGUAUAGAUGUCAUUCAGUGCCCUAAGAUACGUCGUAACGGCUUUGAGCUAAAGAUGCAGGAGCGCUUCAGCCACUUCCUGGCUGCGGACAGUGAGGCGGAGAUGGAGGAGUGGGUGAUCACCCUGAAACAGGCCCUGCAGAGCAGCACCGAGGGAGGAGACCGAAAGAACGGAGGAGACAGCCUAGACAGAGACAGCAGCAGCCAGGGGAAGGGAGAGAGCCUAUUGGAGAGUCUGGGGAGGAGCCUACACCCUGAACUCAUAAAGUAUGCUAGGGAAACAGACCAGCUCAAUAAACUCAACAGGAAUGAAGGGAGACUAAAGCUGUUCUCUCUGGACCCUGAAACACAGAGGUUGGACUUCUCGGGUAUGGAGCCCGACGUGAAGCCGUUUGAGGAGCGUUUCGGCCGACGCAUCGCCGUCAGCUGCCAUGACCUCACCUUCAGCCUGCAGGGCUGUGUCAAUGAGAGGGAGGACGGGGUUCUCACCAAUGUGGAGCCGUUCUUCAUCAGCCUGGCUCUGUUUGAUGUGUCUAAGAGCUGUAAGAUCUCCUCUGACUUCCAUGUGGACCUCAACCCCCCCUGUGUACGAGAGAUGCUGACUGACACCUCUCAACUGUCCCCUACAUCAGAGGGAGGAGGAGGGGUGAAUGGAGGAGUGAACAGUGAUGCAGGGAAUGGGAAUGGUCUACCCAUUCUGCAGAGGGUGUCUGAGUCUCUGCUGCGUUUCCCUACUCAGGGUAUCUUCUCAGUGACCAACCCCCAUGCUGAUAUUUUCCUGGUGGCCAGAGUGGAGAAGGUCUUACAGAAUGGCAUUACACACUGUGCUGAGCCCUACAUCAAGACCUCAGACAUCGACAAGACAGCCCAGAAGGUUCUGAAGGCUGCCAAGCAGACGUGUCCGCUCCUGGGCCAGUACAGGAUGCCCUUCGCCUGGGCUGCCAAACAGGUGUUUAAUGAUGCCCAGGGCAGUCUGGACAUGGACGGAAGGUUCUCGCCUCUCUAUCGCCAGGACAGCAGCAAGAUCUCCACCGAUGACCUUAUCAAGAUGCUGGCUGACAUCAGGAAGCCAGAGAAGAGCAAGCUACAGACUAUACCUGGACAACUUAAUGUCACCAUCGAAUGUUUGCCUCCAGACUUCUCAAACACGGUGACCUCGUCCUACGUCCCAGUCAAGCCCUUUGAGGAGGAGUGUGAGAGGGUCUCUGUGGAGAUAGAGGAGUUUCUCCCUGAGGAGGCCAAGUACAACUACCCCUUCACUGUCUUCAAGAACCACCUGUAUGUCUAUCCCCUGCAGCUGAAAUAUGACAACCAGAAGACCUUCGCAAAGUGUAUCUACGGAAAGCCAGGGGAGACACUCUUCACCACCAGUGCCUGUGCGGCCGUCCUUCACCACAACCAGAACCCUGAGUUCUAUGACGAGGUAAAGAUUGAGCUGCCAGUCCAUGUUCAUGAGAAACACCACAUCCUCUUUACCUUCUACCACAUCAGCUGUGAGAUCAGUACCAAGACCAGCACCAAGAAGAGAGAGGGAGUCCUGUCCCUGGUGGGCUACUCCUGUGCCCCUCUGUUGAAAGACGGCAGGAUGCAGUCUAUAGAGCUACAGCUGCCUGUGUCUGCCACCCUGCCCCCUGGAUACCUGUAUGACAAGACCCAGGACGCCAAGAAGCCAGCGCCAGAUAUAAAAUGGGUAGAAAACAGCAAGCCACUUUUCAAAGUGAAGACCAAUGUAGCUUCAACAAUAUACCCUGAAGAUCUGCACCUCCAUAAGUUUUUCCAGCACUGCCAGUUGAUAAGGUCCUCCACAGAGGGCAACCCAGCAGAACUCAUCAGGUAUCUUAAGUGCCUGCAUGCCAUGGAGGCUCAGUUGAUCAUUAAGUUCCUCCCCACUGUGCUGGUGCAGCUGUUUGAGGUGCUCACCACGGCAACCAAAGAAGCUCAAGAAAUCGCUGUCAACUCCACCCGUGUGAUUAUACACGUCGUUUCCCGGUGCCAUGAAGAAGGACUGGAAAACUACCUGCGCUCUUUUCUGAAGUAUGUGUUUGUGUCUGGGAACUCUGGGACCACUCAUGAAGUCCUGGCCACCGCAGUUACAGCCAUCCUCAAACAGACAGCGGAUUUGAACACCAGCAACAAGCUGCUCAAGUAUUCUUGGUUCUUCUUUGAGACAAUGGCCAAGUCCAUGGCCCAGUACCUCCAGGAGGGCAACAGGGUCAAGAUGCCCCGUGCCCAGAGGUUUCCAGACCGUUUCCACCAGGUGCUCCAGUCCUUGCUCUUGUCCAUCAUGCCUCACAUCACCAUCCGCCAUGUUGAGAUCCCAGAGGAGGCCCGCUGUGUCAACCUCAGCCUGGCUGGCUUCAUCAAGCGCUGUCUGACCUUCAUGAACAGAGGCUUUGCCUUCAGCCUGGUCAACGACUACAUGUGUGCCUUCACACUCAAAGACCCCAAGGUCUUGACGGAGAUGAAGUUUGACUUCUUGAUGACGGUGUGUAACCACGAGCACUACAUCCCGCUCAACCUGCCCAUGGCCUUCGGCCGCACCAAGCUGCAGAGAGUACAGGACCAGAGCCUGGAGUCUGCGCUGACCGAGGAGUACUGUAAGAACCACUUCCUGGUGGGUCUGCUGCUGAGGGAGGUGGCCGAGGCCCUGCAGGGGUCACCAGAGGUCAGACAGCUGGCCGUGGCCGUGCUGAAGAACCUGCUUAUCAAACACGAUGAUGACCGUUACACCCAGAACAAGAACCAGCAGGCUCGGAUCUGUCUGACGUACCUUCCACUGCUUGAGCUGCUCUACCAGAACCUCAAGCAGCUGUCUGCCCAGCAGUACACCUCCAGCCCUGGCCUGGGCUUCACCGGUUCCAGAGGUGACUUGAGAUCAACCAGCUCGAUGGACAACUGCAGGACCAGCACGGCCAUCGAUAAAGACCACGGAGAUCAGAAUGGCCACCUGGUGAGGAGGGAGGACUCCAGAGGAUAUCUGUUCAUAGACCCUGGCACUCCAGACAGCUUUGAGCUUCACCGGCAGGGCUCCACUAUGAGCAGCAGUACUACUCUCCCUCCCAUAGGCAGACUGGGCCACUAUGAAAUCAAAGGACUGUUGCUGUGUUUCCUUCACAUCGUCAGGACCAUCUCAGAAGACACCCUGCUGGCCUACUGGAACAAGGUCAACCCUCAGGACAUCAUCAACUUCCUCAGUCUACUGGAGACGUGCCUGGUGCAGUUCCGCUAUGUUGGAAAGAGGAACAUUGGGAGUCAGGAUGCCUGGGUAUCCAAGCUGUUCUCGUCAGACAGGAAGAACCAGACCAUGCCUGUGAUGCGCUGCAGAGCCGGCCUCAUGCAGGUCAAACUGCAGCAGUUUAGCUCCACAGAGACCGCUCUCACACUCAACAAAGGGGCUGGUCCGUCAGAGGCAGAGGUCCAUCACCAGGCUCUGUUAGAGGGUAGUAUCGCUACAGAGGCCUGUCUCAGCGUACUGGACAUCCUAUCACUCUUCAUUCAGUGCUUCAAGAACCAGCUGCUGGACAGUGAUGGCCACAACCCCCUGAUGAGGAAAGUGUUUGAUGUUUAUCUCAACUUCCUGAAGGUUGGCCAAUCAGAGGCUGCCCUCAAACACGUCUUUGCCUCCCUCAGGUCUUUCAUUAACAAGUUCCCGGUGGCGUUGUUUAAGGGCCGUGUGACUCUGUGUGCGGCUCUGUGCAAUGAGGUUCUGAAGUGCUGUGUGUCUAAGAUGGGUCUGCUGCGGGCCGAGGCCUCCGCUCUACUCUACCUGCUGAUGAGGAACAACUAUGAUUACACCAAGAGGAAGACCUUCCUACGCACUCACCUGCAGAUCAUCAUCGCAGUGAGCCAGCUGAUCUCAGAUGUGGCACUGACCGGUAGCUCCCGCUUCCAGGAGUCCCUCUCCAUCAUCAACAACUUUGCCAACAGCGACAAAGCCAUGAAGUCGACAGCGUUCCCUGGGGAGGUGAAGGGACUGACCAAGCGUAUCCGGACGGUGCUGAUGGCCACAGCCCAAAUGAGGGAGCAUGAGAAGGACCCAGAGAUGCUGAUGGACCUGCAGUACAGCCUGGCUCACUCCUACGCCUCCACCCCCGAGCUGCGACGCACCUGGCUGGAUAGCAUGGCCCGGGCACACGUCAAGAACGGAGACCUCUCUGAGGCUGCUAUGUGUUACGUCCACAUUGCUGCACUGGUGGCAGAAUAUCUCCACAGGAAAAAGAUGUUCCCCAGUGGCCUGGCUGCAUUCAAGAGGAUCACUCUGAACAUUGAAGAGGAGGCCGCCAUGAAGGAUGACACAGGCAUGCAGGAUGUCUACUAUACUGAGGAGGUCCUAGUGGAACAGCUGGAGCUGUGUGUAGAGGGGCUGUGGAAGGCAGAGCGAUACGAACUGAUCACACACAUCGCCAAGCUCAUCAUCCCUGUCUACGAGAAACACCAUGACUUUGAGAAACUGAGCCGUCUGUAUGACACGCUGCACAGAGCUUACAAUAAGAUCCUGGAGGUGAUGCAUACAGGCCGGAGACUGCUGGGGACCUACUUCAGAGUGGCCUUCUAUGGACAGGGUUACUUUGAGGAGGAGGAUGGGAAGGAGUAUGUUUACAAGGAGCCCAAACUCACAGGUCUGUCGGAGAUCUCUCAGCGCCUUCUAUGGCUCUACGGGUACAAAUCUGGAGCUGACAACGUCAAAAUCAUCCAGGACUCCAGCAAGGUCAACCCCAAAGACCUGGACAUCAAGUUCGCUUACAUCCAGGUCACCUUCGUCAAGGCUUACUUUGACGAGAAGGAGUGUCCGGAGAAGAAGACAGACUUUGAGAAGUGCCACAACAUCAACCGCUUCAUGUUCGAGACGCCGUACACGCUGAUGGGGAAGAAACAUGGCGGUGUGGAGGACCAGUGCAAGAGGAGGACAGUGCUCAUAACAGCCAACACGUUUCCGUAUGUGAAGAAGCGUGUGGAGGUGUUGGGGGAGAAGCAGGUAGAGCUGAAGCCUGUGGACGUGGCCAUCGACGAGAUGCGGGCGUGCACCGCCGAGCUGACCAAACUCUGCUCCUCCCAGGAGGUGGACCUGAUGCAGCUCAAAUGGCAGGGCUGUGUCUCUGUACAGGUCAAUGCAGGUCCUAUGGCGUACGCCAGAGCCUUUCUGGACGACUCCAAAACCAGCAAGUCCAACAAUAAGAAAGCCAUAGAGCUGAAGGAGGUGUUCAGGAGGUUUGUGGAGGCCUGUAGUAUGGCGCUGGACAUAAAUGAGCGUCUGAUCAAGGAGGACCAGUUUGAGUACCAUGAGGGCCUGAAGGGCAACUUCAAAGACAUUGUUAAGGAGCUGUCAGACAUCAUCCAUGAACAGAUCUUCCAGGAGGAUAUGAUGCAGACACUGGUCCAGAACUCCUUACAUGUAUUCCGUGCUAUCAGUGGGACUACUACAGACCUGGGCUAAAGUCUACAGACCACACAUUUUUCACACAGAGUAUAGCUAUUUUCCCCACACACACACAUACAUUCUCCGCCAGCUGAACCCAAAUCAGAUCUGUCAGCUUCCUGGUAAUGGCUGUCUUUUGUUAUGAUCAAUGCAAAGCUGUAGUUGCCUUGCACACUGCAUCAAAUGGCUUUGUUGCUUGAGAGAAGUGGAAACACAAUAUUACACUUAAGUGCUGGAGUCUAUUCUGCUAUGCUCUAAGGUAGCUAAUGUUGCUUAUGUUAUGGGAAAAAACAAACAGUAACCAACCCAUCUGUUGUCUGUACACUCUUAGAAAAAAGGGUUCCAAUAGGGUUCCAUGUGGAAACAGUUCUACAUGGAACCCAAAAGGAUUCUACCUGGAACCAAAAUGGUUGUACCCUGAACCAAAUAGUGUUAUUCAAAGGGUUCUCCAAUAGGGGACUGCCGACAAACCCUUUUAGGUUCUAGAUAUAGAUGGGUUGGCUGACAACAUCACGCAAAUGAUGUGUGCGCAUCGACGUGGCCGGAAGACGUGCGUUGAUAUGAUUCUGAACAGUCAGAUAGCUAGCAACAAUGACAAGAAGCUGCUGUGCGGGGAAUCAUAGGUGGCUCGUUUCAGCUCGCUGAAUCUUGUUAUUGAUACCAUGUAUUUGAGAGACAAGUGCUCAUUGUGCAAAUGUAUUUAUGUUUUCAAUAAACAUUUAGAGACUAAAUACCGUUUACAUGUUAUCAACAGUCUAAGCCCACCAUGUCUGUUUUGUCCCAUAGUUGUGCACGCGUCGGUUUUGUCGCUAAACAACCAACCCAUCUAUUAGAUGUAAGGAAAAUGUACAGUAAGGAAAGGAGAUUUAUUGAAGUAUACUCUGUCAAAUUGUCAGUCACUCUGUAAUAAGCCAAUGCUCAGACAGUUACUUUAGUUGUUGAGCUGUGUUGUAUGUUCUGAUAUGGUGCCCCUGCUCUUUGACCAUAAGAUUGAUUAGCCUGGUCCCAGAUCUCUUAGUGCUGUCUUGAGAACUCAUAGGCUGCGUUGACACAGACAGUCCAAUUCUGAACAAAAGAUCUGAUCUGAUUGGUCAAAAGACCAAUUAUUGUGGGACCAGGCUAAUGGUUGUGAUUUUAUGCCUCUAUCACAGGGGUAUUCAAAUCCUACCCUACAAGGUCUGGAAUACUGCUGUUUUUCUCUUCUACCUGAUAAUUAGUUGCAUCCAUCUGGUGUCCCAGAUCUAAAUCAGUCCCUGAUUUAAAGGUGAAGAAUUCAAAACGUCUUUGUGGUCCAGGUUUGAAUUUGAGGGCUCUAUCAGCUAGCUGGUUCUAGUAUUCUAGUAGUGCCUACAUCUCUCCUCAGAAAAGUCUCCUGUCCUAUUUCAAGUAAUAAUAAAACUGAUUGUACAGUAUUUCACAAGUGCUACACUGAAAUUAGUAGACUGCUGAUAAUCAUUUGCAGAUGUAUAUAAUAUAUUGUUAUGCUGUAAAAGAAGAAAAAUGUGUAUGUAAUGUAUGUAUUUAUAUUUGUACUGUUUUUGGAAAAAUGCAUGGUUGCAUCAGGUCUGGCAGAGAGGUGUUAUUUCUCUGAUUGUCUGACUUAUUUGCCAUUUUUAAUUACACUGUAAGUACAGGUGCUUGUUCAACAUAUUGCAUGUUUGUAAAGCCAUUUUUCAAUAAAGACAUAUUUUAAAAA